AAAUAGAGUAGAAAGUUCCUACCAAAAAAAAAAACAGUAGAAAGCUACAGCACCGGCACCAAAGACUGGAGAAUUGGUUCCGUUAAACUACUACAAGGUGGAGUGGUGCGUUCUCUCGGUCCCACCGUCCUCGAGAUCUGACCACGACCGCCGCGCCCGAAACGACGGCCAGCGCUUCUUCGCUUAUUACAGAGCCGAAGCGUCAAAACUCAAAAGAGGGAAAAAAAAGGAAAGAGGAACAAAAGAGGAGAGAUUCGAGCCAGAGGAGCGCCAUGGCGAGGGGACGGCGAGAGAUCCCACCCUGCUCCAAGACCUACGGCUUCCCCAUCUACUGCGCCGCCUGGGUCCCCCUCGACCGGAUCUCAGCCGCCGCCGCGGCGGAGGCGGAGGAGAAGGAAGACAGGGGCAGGGCGGCGGAGGAGGAAGACAAAGGCAAGCAAGAAGGAGGCGAAGGAAGCGAGGGACAGACUUCUCCUUCGUCUCAGAAAGAUCGGCUCCUGGUGGCUCUGGGGGGAGGCGGGGGCGAAGGCCGGAGCGGGGUUCCGAACGCCCUCGUCAUCUCCGAGUUUGAUCUCGAGUCACGAUCCCUCUCCGAUCAGCCGGUGUUUCGGAUGGGAACGGAUGCUGAGGUGCCUUAUAGGAUGGCUGUACACCCAGGCGGAAAUGGGAUCCUUUGCUCAUUUCCAAAGGGUUGCAGGUGGUUUGAAUGGGAUUUUCUGGAGAGCAAGGAAUCCCAUAAAUUGGCUCUUAAGUCCUCUGAAAAGGGAUUGUCACAACUGGAGGAGGAUGGGCUGCAGUUAGCAGUAGCCUUUAAUGCAGAAGGAUCCAUGCUUGCAACUGGUGGUGAGGAUGGGCAUUUGAGGGUCUUCAAGUGGCCAAGUUUGGAAAGCAUUCUUGAUCAAACUGAUGCUCAUGCGACUGUGAAGGAUUUGCAUUUCAGUCUCGAUGGGAAGUUUCUUGUGUCAUUGGGAAAUAGUGGCCCUUGCAGGGUUUGGGAUCUGGCAUCAUCAACAGUUGUAGCCAGUCUGCACAGGGAAGAUGGUGAAGUUUUUGGCUUGUGCAGGUUUUCUCAGAGCACUGAUGGUAGUCAGAUACUAUUGAUUACUACAAUGCAUGGUGACCAAGGAAAGAUAGUGUCUUGGAAUACUCUUUCAUGGAAGCGACUUGGGUCAAAGAAGGUAGUCCGUGACCCUAUUUCUGCAUUUAAUGUAGCAGCUGAUGGUAAACUCCUCGCAAUUGGGACAGUAGAAGGAAACAUCAUGAUCCUCAACUCAGAUAUGCAGGUUCAGACUAUAGUUAAAAAAGCACACCUCGGCAUUGUUACUGCAUUAAUCUUCUCCCAAGAUUCAAGGGCCUUGAUGUCUGCAUCCUUUGAUUCAAGUGCACGGGUGACACUUAUUGAAAGUAGAAAGAGUAGUGGGAUGAGCACGUUCCUCGCUGUCCUCGUUAUUUUUUUGGCAAUUCUGUUAUAUUUCAUGAAGUUGAAGGGGGUCGUUUGAGUUUGUGUCAUAUGGAAAGGGAGAUCUUGAAUUCGCAUUAUGCCUGGAAGAGUGAACUAGAAGGAUCUGUUCCUGUACCAGCAAAACAGAUAACUCAUAUGAUGGUGGAUAUUUUUGGGCAUCUAUGUACGCAUCCUGUCUACUUCAUCGUGAGUGUUUCUGGUGUUUCUGUUGUUCUUUUGCAAUGACCCACAUAUUACGUGGUUUACACCAUCAGAAAUUCAUUUUUUAAGACUAAAGCAGAUAUUCUUACUAUUCUACUAAAGUGGAUAUUCUCAAUUUUCACACUUACUAUGAACCGAGCAAGAAAUUAUAAAGAGCUGCUAUAUUACUCGUCAAUGCGAGAUUUUGUAAAACAUGGCAUCUUCUUUUAUCAAGCUACCUUCCAGAAUGUCU